GCGGAUUUACAUCGAGAAAAUUAACAGCAAUUAGAAUAAUAAUUGCUACCACAGCGCAAAGAUUACAAAAUAUUUCUAAAAACCUGCAUGACUGGCUACAAACAUUGUGUUUUAUUCGAUUUCUUGCACCAUCAGUAGGCUUUUAUUUGAAACUUGAAUAUUGCAAUGUAAUGAUUUUUGCUUGACUGGUUUGGACGUGGUGGAACUGAUGAUAUUUCGAUACCAUAGCGGCCAAGGAAACAAAAUGGUGCUCAGGUAUAUAAAUUGUACGGUCUCAGUUCUAGUGAUUUUAUUGGAAAUUCUAUCGGCCCGUGCUGGAUCCUGGAAUUGCACAUUUGAAUCGGGUGACUGCGGGAUUACUCAAUUAGGGAACGCAAUGAAUCCGCAUUGGACUGUUCGGACAGAAACAAGUGGAAGCAAGUACUACAGAGCAAUCAUUAAUAAAAUCUCCGAUCGUUCUGGAACGUAUGCAACAUUCAAUCUACCAUCUGUAUCGUAUCCAAGUUCUGGAAGUGGUGUCUUGUCAUUUCGUUUCUUUUACUACACCAAUGACCCUAACCUGCUGUAUGGAAUUUUAACAGUCACAGCUUGUGAGGGUGAGGAUUCCAUCUUUAGUGAAGGUAAUCUUCCAGGGCAGUGGUACUUUAGACAAGUACCUUUCACCUGUGCAUCAUCUGUUAAGAUAUCUUUCACCGCUAUCCGAGGAUCCAGCCCAACGACCAUAGGAGUUGACGAUAUUAGCUUGACAGAAAUACGACAUACUACAACUGGUAAGUCUCCUUAAAUCCAGAGUCAGUGCAUGCCUCUUGAAUAAUUAUGUUGAAAAAUAUUGCCGCAUCAUCUUUAUCAGUGAAAUACCAUAAAUAUUGUACUUUGUGCAUACCUAAGGUCAGGUCCACCCCAGGAAAAUGUUGCUUUGAAUGAAAAUAGAAAUAUCAAAACUAACUUAACGCCGGAAAUUUCAGCGAAAUCGGAUGUGAAAUAAGAAAGUUAUGCUUACUUUUCACACAGAGGCGUCGAUCCUGGGGGGAGGGGCAAGCAUACCGUUUUGUCAGUAUACUAAAAAAAUUCAGCUCGCGCUUCGCGCUCGCAUUAAUUUAUUUGUGAGAUAUGUGUCUCUAUCUCAUGAGUCAUAUAUAUAUAUAUAUAUAUGUAGGCAUAUGUGUGAGGGUUAGUGUGUAUGUGUGUGAGUUGGUUUGUUUUGUGUGAUCGAGCGCCUUUGGAAAGUUGAUUCAUGAUUUUGCCCCCCCCCCCCUCCAAUCUGAAAAAUGGAUCGACGCCCCUGUUUUCACAUAAUAAUAAUAAUAACUAGAACUUUAAUUCGUUAUGAGGACGAAUUAGGUGAUCUGUCUCUGAUUUUCAUGAUCACGAAUACAAUCACCAUGUUUAUUGAGAUCAAUACGAUGAUCAUAUUGAAAACGGAACUUCUAUUACGAAUAGAACAUGUUGAAUACUCUUGAAAAGAGGGAAAUGAGAAGUUUUAUGAAGUAGGUGUUGGUGAUACACAUGGUACAUGUACAUGUUAUAUUAAAAGGGUUUUUAAACAGUUUUAUUGUGCAAUAUUUUAACGUAUAUACCUUGCAAUGGUCAUAAAGGACCAUUUGUGAAAUGUUG